AUGGCCGCAGAAGCCCAAGUCGUGAGCUUUGACUCUGCAAACACGCAGCAAUUCGCUUUUGAUAGGAAGGACCUUUCCUCGGCCGGCCUCGAAGAGCCAGAAAUGCACAGCACGCACGAAAUUGCUCGACAUUAUCGAGACCUUCUGCAUGCCCUGGUUUUGCCUUUCAGAGGCCCCGGGCCGGAGCUCCUGGAGAUCAAGCCAGGUGCGCUUCGACAUCUGAUGCAAAUGCAACAGGCGUCUCAUUCUCGUGCCUACUCUGCAGGAAGGCUUCGAGUCCUCCUUGACAGUAUAAGCCAGCUGACCAGGCUUGCAGACAAGCCAUUACAAGCAGGCAGCGAGAGUCCUGCUUCGAUAAGGUCAGGCGAGUCGGAGGCGAGUCACCAGCAUGAACCGUCGGCGGAGACAGUCAGGCAGACUUGUGCGCACGAUCUCUUCCGGCUGCUUCUGGAUGUCAUUGAGGAUCGACUAGUUGAAGUCAGCUCAAGCUUAGAGAGUCCCUUUCAGUUUGAGCACAGCACGAAACUCUGA